UCUCUUUUUUAUUCAAAAAACAAAAUUAGAUCAAAUUCUGGAUUCAGUUUUCCCAGGACUGCGGAGAAAGGACUAUUCAAUUUUCACAUUUACCUGGAUGAUUCUUGAUCGUGCUGGUUUUCGUUCCGAUCGGUAAGCUCUAUUUGCAGAGGCAAGAACAAACAUCGUGAGAAUUGGAUUCACAUUUCUUGGAAAUGGAGCGAGCAAAGACAGAAGUGGAGAAGAAAGUGUCAAGACUUCUAAAAUUCAUCCAAAACAAAAACAGGAUUCCAAAGGAUUCGAAAAGAGACCUUCUAGCGAUUGCCACCGAUCUACAAGCGCAGUGUCAAACUCUUUAUUCUACAAUUGAUGAUUUUCAACAAGAUUUGGAUCCUACAAGUGUUGUUGAAGAAGGAUGCGAAAUCGAUGUGCUUAAGAGCAAGCUUGAAGCAUUGAGGAAUGAGGCUGAAGAGAAAGAACGAGAACUGACUUUGCGCGUGAAGGAGCUAGAGCGAGAGCUAGGAGACGCGAAAGCCGAGUGUGAUCGAAAGAGAGACUUAGAAGAAGAGAUUGCGAUGAAAGCUAGCGAAAGUAAGCAAUUAGGAGAGAAGAACAAAGGGCUUAGAUCACAGAUCUCUGGUUUGGAAUUGGUUUUGAAAGAGAAAGGAGAUGAGAUAUCAACACUUGUGAACAAGUUUGGGAACAGUGAGUUAGGUUUAACAUCUAGGAUCGAAGAUUUGAAGUGCCAGUUGAGAAAUUUGGAGCAAGAGAUUGGUUUCCUUCGUGCAAGAAACGCAGAAUUGUCUGCAAGCUUUGAAGUUAAGAGAGCCGAGGAGAAGAAACGUGUUGAGAGGUUGAUGGAUCAGGUAAUUGGCAUGAAACAUGAGCUUGAAUCAUUGCGGAACCAGAAAGAUGAAGCUGAAAGAAGAAACAGAGGAACAGAGGAACAGAGGAAGAAAUUGAAUGAGGAGAUUGACCAUCUUAGAGGAGAAAAUCAGAAGCUGCAUACAAGAAUCGCAGAGCUCGAUUCAUUGCAUAUGGAGAUAGAGACGAAGAAUGCUAAUGAACUCGAUGAUGAAAGCAAGAAACUGAACAUUCAAGUUUAUGAUCAGAAGAAAGUGGUCAAGGAACAAGAUGAUAUCAUUCGCAGGUUAUCAGCAAAAAUCAAGGAUCAGCAGAAACUUCUCAAAGAACAAAAAGAUACCAUUGACAAGUUCUCUGAGGAUCUCAAGCAAUCGAAACGUUGGUCUUCUGGUUCGGGCCGGGAUUCGAAACUGAAUCCAAAUACCCUAGAGAAGAAAAUGGAGGAAUUAGCCGAAGAUUUCCGGAUGAAGAUAGAAGAUCACAUUAGGAUACUGUACAGGAGGAUCCACGUAGCUGAACAGAUACACUUAGAGAGCAAGAAGGAGUAUAUCAAAACACGAGAGGUAGCUCAAGAAAACAGAGAAAAUAGAGAAAGUUUGAUCUUUUUCGAAACCCAUUUCAAGAAAAUCAAAGACGUUUGGGAAAACGGGUACGCGAGAUCGAUGAAGAAGCUAGAAGAAGCAGAGGAGCACACGAACAGAGUUGCAAGAUUAGCAAAAGAGAUUGAUUCAGCAAAGAUUUGGGUAAGUGAGAAGAAGAACGAGCUAGAAACUGUAGCCGCAAAGGUAGAAUGCAGAGAGGCUCAAGAAUCUUUGUUGAAAGAGAAGCUAUCAAAGCUAGAGAAGAAGCUUGCGGAAGAAGGAACAGAGAAGCUGAGUUUAGCAAAGGUUUUGAGCAAAUUUGAAGUGAGAAUCAAAGAGCUUGAGAUCAAUGCCAAGGGACGAGAAGUUGAAUUGUUGAGCUUAGGGGAAGAGAAGAGAGAAGCCAUAAGACAACUCUGUGUUCUUGUGGAUUACCAUCGAGAUCGAUACGAUGAACUCAAGAAAUCAAUCGUAAAGUUAUAUCAAGAAACCUAA